AGCCCCCUAAACCCAGAAUUGCCAUUCUUGUCUAUUAAAGCUUGUAUAUCUCACUUCCUUUAUUUCAAUCAGAAGAAGAAAUCUGUAAUAGGAGCAAAAUCAAACAUGGGUUUUCUUGCAAAAAUCGCAUUGAGUUUUGAUGCACUUAUUGGGCCUGGACUGAUGCUUCUAUAUCCACUAUAUGCAUCGAUGCGAGCUAUAGAGAGCCCUACAACACUGGAUGAUCAACAAUGGCUUACAUACUGGGUUCUUUAUUCUUUGACAACUCUAUUUGAGCUCACAUGUUGGACAAUCCUUCAAUGGCUUCCUUUCUGGCCAUAUGUAAAGCUCUUGUUUUGCAUGUGGUUGGUGUUACCAAUCUUCAAUGGCGCGGCAUACAUCUAUGAGAAUUAUGUUCGCAAGUACGUAAAGCUUGGGAUGUCAGUUAAUCAAAACUAUCCUCAGGGCCACCGUCAAGUGCUCCAGAUGAUGUCGCUUGAUGCCCGGAAAUCUGUUGAGCGCUACAUUGAGAGAUAUGGACCUGAUGCAUUCGAGCGUGUUGUCAGAGCAGCUGAAACGGAGGCAAAGAGGCAAAGCUAAGGAUAAGAUCGGUUAUAUAAUGUUCAUCCCACAACUUGACUUACCAAGUAUUUGGCAACUCAUGCAACAUUGUUAUUGUAGAACUGUGUAUAUGAAACAAUUCUAACUUAAAUAGUAAUAUCAACAUAUAUGAUCCUCGAAAGAGAAUGUAACUCAAAUUUAUUGAAUGAGAAAUACGGCAUGAACUAUCAAAAUUUGACAUUGUUA